AUGUCUUUGAACCCCUUCGAGUUUGACGUGGUCAAGGGGUGGACCCGCAUCAGCUGUGUGGCAUUUGCCGCUUUGGUGGCUUGCGACCUCGACGUCACUGACCCUGCCAAUGUGGCUUUGCUGAAGCCGCUGGAGCCGAUCUUGGAUCGAGCAUGGCUUAUUGCCAUGGGGAUGUCCAAAGAUGAGCAGAGCUUUCGAAACUUGAGCUUGUCGUUUCGCGGCUCCGAACGGCAGCCGCCAACAGUGCUGCAAAUGGCGCUGAGAUUCAGCAAUGUGAUGGAGCGCCAAUCAGCCAGCAUGUCCGGCAACACUGAGUCCCGGCUCAAAAAGGUGGUGGCCUUCUUCAACCAAAGCCCGGGCUUGAAUGUCAAACACAUGGUGGACCUAGAGAAGGAAACCCGAGACAUCAUGUCCAACCACUUGCAGUUCAACAAGUGGAAAGACUCGGCCUUCAGCACAGAGCAGCUUCGCACCACCCGGUGGCUUCUGAACUCCAAGGCGAAGAACAUGCCAGAAGCUUUACAGGAAGCUUUGACAGUUUCGGCCACUGCCCAGGCGAUGCUGAUGGAGCUGCACGUCCGGACCUUUCUCAACAGCACCCGCCGUAUGAAGCCAUCUUCUCGUGGCAAGGCUCGGGCAAGCGUUGAGGAGUUUGAGAAGCUGGUGGACUUCUCAUGCAUCUUUGCCCGCUUGCGCCAUGUGGCAAAGGAGGUUCGCUCUGACAACUCUGUGGAUGACAAGCUCAUGGUUCAGAGCUUGCCCGCGCGCUUGGCAGGGGAUGAGUCUGCUGAUGUCCUGGCCGCGCAAGAGCAAGCCAGUGCCAGCAGGGUGGUGGAUGAGUUCAUGCAGAGCAACUACUGGAUGGGAUUGGUCGGGGACUGGGCCACGCCUGCGGAAGUGGACAAGCUCAUCCGGGCCGCAGCCGCCAAGAACCAAGUCGCUGCCGACAAGGUGAACAUCAUCGGGUGGAUUGAUUUGACGAAGGUUGGUGUCUUGACCCAGAAGGACAUCAACAAGGUCGGCGUGUGGUCUGAGAAACUCAUCGCCAAACACCCUGUUGGUACAUGCUUGGUGAUGUCCUUGCCCCUGCUCACUGGAACCGCUGGCUGUGGGGCCUUGAGGGGCGACAUCCGGAAGUUGGAAGACAAACUCAUCCAGCAUCACAUCGAAUUUCGCAGUUUCUUCCUGCCAAUGGACUUGAAUGGCCUCCACCACAACAGGGACAUGCCUGCAGGGUUCACUCUCUACCUGUGCGUUUCUGACGCCACUUUGCCUUCCAAAGGCACGGCUCACAGAGCCAACCGUGGUGCGUCCAAGGUGGAGAAGGAGGACAUCAACUGCUUUGCGUCUUCCAAGCUUUGGCAGAGCCAGCUGGUUUCCUCAGCACCAAGGGCAAUUGAUGAGAGUGAGUUCAUCAUCCCGGGAUGCAGUGCGAUCGUUUCUUCAGCAGAGGGGCGCCGCAAUUACACUGACCUUCAGGAAACAGCUCAGUGGAUUGGAGGCACUGAGAUCCCAAAGCUGAUUUUGAAAGACCUCCUGCAAUGUGGAACAACUGCUGUCCCUACCAUUGUUGUGAAUGCCACGGCGUAUGAUGGCUGCUUGGAGCGAGCUUGUAUUGAGAUGGGCUUGCCAUGCGUCUCCCAGUCUGACAAGCAGGCAAACUUCGUGACCUCCAUCAAGCUCACCAAGAAUUUCCUCUUGGACAUGUGGAAGAACAAGGAGGGGGCCAUGGCUGAAAGGUUGCCUAGGUACAAGCCUGAGGCAGACUUGGAGAACAUGCCGGCGGAACCUGUUGAGCCGGAGCUCCGGCUGUGCACCAUCCUUGAUGGGUGCCUUUGCCUUCCCCGAGAUGUGAGGCAAGAAUUCCUCACUGAUGCUGUUCGAAGCCCAGAAUGGAGGAAGAUGCUGCAAGAGUUCGACAGGGUCUUCGGAACUCAUGCUGAGCCGGAAGCCGCCCCUGUCGCUGAUGGUCAAGCCCCUGUGGCCUUUGACUGGCAAAAAGUUUGCCCCGGUGAGAUUACCGACAAGGAUCCAUGGCACGUCGAGUUUGAUGGGAAGGUCAAGGGCAAGUUUCAGUGGUGCCCAGAGCUCAUGGCAUACCUUGUCGAAUGUGAAGCUGACCAAGCUUCGGAGGAGACCGUCCACAAGAAAUUCCGGCUUUAUGUGGAGGCCUUGGGAGACUACACCAUUGCCGCGACAGAUCCUGCCUUGACCUAUGGAGCCGGAUCUUGGUUGCUCGAAGGGAAGGCGGAGCAGUUCAUCACUGACAACCCCCAAGGUCACAAAGCUGUGCUUUGUGAGUUCACAUCUGACACCGUUCCUGUGCUUUUGGAGGAGUCUGGAAACGAUGGGCCCUUGCGAAGCCUUCGUGAGAUCUUGCAACACUGUGAGACAAAUGGCAUGGUUGACCUUGAACUGGGAGGUCAUUCUUACUCAAGGCCAGCUUCGGUGGUGCAAGGUGUGGCCCGCGAUCAGUUUGAGGUGGCCCCCAAGAACAAGAUGCUCUGGCGCCCGAACCAACUGCAAAUGUCUGGCCUGCGAUCCAGCAAUGCAGCCAGCUUCUUCGUGUCUGAUGUCCUGGAGUCUUCGGCUGCCCUUACCAAGGUCUGGCGCAUGCGAGCCUACAGGGCGGAGAAGACCUUGGGAGCUGCCAAACCACUGUGGUUCCUGAAGGAGUCGCUUGAGAUGAGGAUGGCGCAACCAGUGGAACCACCAGGGGACGCCACUCAAGAUGUAGGGCCACGGGCCCGUGAUGAGAUUUUGGGGCAGACCAUUGAUGCCCAUCGUCCUGAACGCUUUGAGGAACUGUUCACGGAGUUUGACCUUUUUGGUGCAGUUGAUGGUGACCUGCCUCAACCCGCUGGAGCUGAUGAUGGCCAGACCCAGGAUGGCCAACCUCAAGAUGCUGGCCACAAUGAUAGCCAGCCACCUCGUCGUAAGCGCUUCUUGAGAGACAUGACAGAGGAAGAGAAGGCUGUGGAGAUGGAGCGCAGGAAGAAAAAAGCCCGUGAAAACAGCAAAGUAUGGCAUGAGAAAUGGGUAUCCAAGGGGGUGUUGAAAGCACCGGCUGGAUCACGAGAUGGGGGGGGCGACGCGCGUGAGAAGCCUGACCAUGAACUUGCACCAGAGGAACCCCCGAAGGAUGAUGGCCCAGGUGAUGAAAACCAACCUGAUGCGACCGUGUUUGUUCCUGACAAGGACCUGCUAGAUGCUGUCAUCAGCGGCGACUUGCGCAAGACGCGAAUGAUGUACAUGAAUGCUUGGACUGAUUGGAAAACGAAACAGCCAGGCUCAGCCAACACAACCACCCGAAAGGAUUUGAUGGAUCAAGCAAAUAAGGAAUGGCUUGGGUCUGAACUUCGAGCUCAAUGUCAAGCUGCUCGGAGCAACAAAGUCUACUGA